AUGAAUUUACGUUUUUGCGCUUCCCUAAUUCUAACUGGGAUUGGAAUUGCUGCUGUGGGCUAUACUGGUCGAUACAUACUCAGAAGAGUGCCGAAUAUGAGUCAAAAAAUGAGUGAAGCAUUGAAAUCCCUACCGAAACUUGAUGCAGAAUCCCUGGCAAAUGCAAAGUACUACAAAGGGGGUUUUGAGCCAAAAAUGUCCAAGAGAGAAGCCUCUCUUAUACUUGGAGUGAGUCCAACGGCGUCAAAAAAUAAAAUAUCCGAUGCUCACAAACGGAUUAUGUUGCUAAAUCAUCCAGAUCGAGGGGGUUCUCCGUAUAUUGCGGCUAAAAUCAAUGAGGCAAAGGACCUCUUAGACAAAACAAAUAAGUAG